CGUCACCAUGACUACUUCACCGUGGAUUUCGCGUCUGCUGUUACACAGAAAUGAGUACUUGGCAUCAUUUUCUGCUACUCUCUGCAUCUUUAUGGUUCUAUGCACCAACGCAUGGUCUUCGCCGGCCCUUCCGAAGCUCCUCAACGUACCGAACCCCCCGCUAUCGAUUACGUCCGGUGAGGGUUCCUGGAUCGUAUCAAUUCAAGCCAUCGGUGGUAUCUUUGGUAUGAUACUUGCCGGACUCACUGUGGACCGAUUUGGACGCAAGUGGCCAUUUAUUGCCAGUGCUCUACCCGUGAUUGCCGGAUGGAUUAUGAUCGCAUUAGCUCGGACGGCGCUGUUAUUGUACAUCGCUCGCUUUCUCUUCGGUAUUUCGUACGGCGUAGCGUACGGCAUUGUUCCCAUCUACAUCGGGGAGAUCACCUCGGACGGGGUUCGGGGUGCAGCCGCUUCACUCAUCACAGUACUGGCUAAGGUAGGAAUACUGUUCGAAUACUCCGUCGGACCUUACGUUAGCUUUGAGACACUGGCAUGGCUUUCGAUGGUUGGCCCGGUUCUAUUUCUGCUCACCUUCGUGUGGAUGCCCGAGUCCCCGCACUAUCUGCUCGGAAGGGGACGCAUUGCUGAAGCCCGACGCAGUCUACAAUGGCUGAGGCGAACGUCGGCCGUAGAGGAAGAGCUCAACUGUACCCGGAAAUCCAUCGAACGUACAGCCAGCGAACGAGGCUCGAUGAGAGAACUGUUUCUGCCGGCUUAUCGUAACAAUAUCAUCAUAGUGUUGAUUCUUGCUUUGGGUAUGCAGAUGUCAGGCAUUCAAGCAGUCCUGAGCUACGCACAGACCAUCUUUUCCCAGAUUUCCAGCGAUCUAACCGACGCGCAAAUGUCCAUCGUGCUUGGUGUUGUGCAAAUGGUGACCGUGUCCUUUCCAGUGUUUCUAGUCGAUCGUGUCGGCCGGCGUCCGCUGCUAUUGUGGUCUGGUGUCGGAAGCUGCAUAGGGCUGCUGCUCGUUUCCAUCUACUUUACGCUCGAGGCGGCCGGCGUGAACGUUGAAAGCUUCGGCUGGAUCUCGUUCGUUGGGCUGCUGUUCUUCGUCAUUUCGUACGCCUUCGGGAUGGCCACUGUACCGUUUGCAAUUAUGAGUGAAAUUUUCCCCAAAAACAUUCGAGCCCACGCGAACGCCCUGUUUGGAAUUCUGAGCGGUGUCGCCAUCUUUGCCGUGUUGAAAUUGUUCCAGAUAGCGCUUGACAAUGUCGGUGCAUACCUUCCGUUCUGGGUGUUCACCGUUAGCAUUGGGUUGACGUUUGGGUUCGUGUUUCUUUACAUUCCCGAAACCAAGGGCAAGAGCUUGGACGAGGUGCAGGAGAUUAUUGCCGGAUGGCGUAGGAAGAGGGAUUCUUCUAAGGCUGUCUACGUAGAUUAAGGUUAGUCCAUUUCGAUGCAAGUGAUCUGUAUGUGCAACAUGGUCUGUGCAUCAUAAUUUUAAUCAAUUUCGUGUCAGUUUGAGUUUAUAUUCUUCAGCUCAAAUUAAAUACAGUUCUUUGAAAUACAAAGCUGACCAUUUUCAUCAGAAAGAAAUGCAUCUUUCAUGCGCUGGCUCAAAGUAUAUAAUGUACGAUUGCUUUACAAAUGCACUACUUUGCUCCCUGCCGUUGUCAGCAUGCUAAAAGAAUAGAAAUCGAUACUUUUCAAACGAUCAUACCUUCAAGCGUUUGUCUAUCACACAAAAGGGUAUGUAACCCGACACUUAUCUCCUUUACAAUAGCUUUUGCUUUAGUCCGUCACACAUUUCAACCAGCGCUAAAAUUCUUUCAAGAGUGCAAAAGAUCUCCCUUAACGGACAAAAGAUGGCAAACGCAUUCCAGCACGUUUUCUGGAUUUAUUUUACUCGUCACAGGGAAAACCUGCCUACAAGAUGCCACUUCCGGUCCUCCGUCCCAGUAAUGGAUCAUUGCCCCUUUGUCGUCGUGCUUUGAACGUGACUUUCAGCGAAAGAACUUCAGCAGCAUUACCCCGUUUGCCGGCAGUCGUUUUCUCUGUUUCUGUCACUCGUCGCCUUUCAACGUAUCAUUACACCAAAAGGAAGGCAACCAUUUCGGGCAAUUAUUUGUGCCUCACAGCUAGAUUCGUUCAUUUCCGUUGGCAGAACCCUACAUUUAUUUAAAGGGAAGGUUAAGGCACAAACAACCGAUUGAAAUCGUGCCGGCGAAGGCUUUGCAAAUUGCAAACUACUUCCUUAGGGAGGUUCUGUGUUGCGAGGGGAAGAACGGGU